AUGCCCAUCAGACCAUUCAGUCUCCCACCAAAUCCAUCGCUGGUGGCUGUCAUACUCAUCAUCCGAACGCGAUCUGGGCCGCGAUUGGUCUUUCACUAUCCCGGGAUUCCUGAAGCCAUCCAGCGCAACACAUCAUGGCAUUUUGGAUCUGCCAACAGCGACUCGGAAGAUGGGGGUAGCUCGUCCGACGACGAUCAGACAGUAGCUUCUGAUGACGAGAGCACGACGUCUUCGCGACAUACGGCAAGACCCAGCAUUGCAUCGCAGAGCCGUGCGGCCGACACCAUCUCUUCCAGAAGGACUACACGCACAUUCCACUCGGACGCCCCAGACAACGAUGAAGACGACGACGACGACAUCGACAAUCUGGACGUCGAUGUGCUGGAUUUGAACUCUUCUCCUGCCGACAAGGCUGCGCCGGCCAUUUCGGCAAACAGUGCCCCUCACGACCGAACGACUAGUGCCACGCGGCAUGAGAAUACUACGAAUGACAAGCGGAAUGCUUGUGAGUGGGAGAAGCUGUUGGGAUACCCUGUUGAAGGAUUGGAGAUGAUGCUGUCCCCUCCGUCGAGCAUGCAUAAGAAGCGUUUCGAGGUCAUGCUGGACGAUCUGGUCUUCCUUGGAUACCCUAUCUUUGUGCGCGAUGACGGCACCUGGAAGAAAAAGAGAAACAAGAGGAGGGCCACACCACAGGACGGAAAAAGCAGCGAGGGAGGUGACGAAGCCGAUGAUGAUGAAGCAAACGAUAGUGGCAGCGAUAAUGAAAACGACGAGGAAGGAGGCACUGCAGGAAAUGACAUGUUCAGCCCACCAAUAUCACCCUUGACACCUCGUCGACCUCUCCAGGCUGGAGAACUGCCUCACAGCUACAGAUCAGAAGCCACCAUGUCAGAAGCCGCAUCCGAAACUGGCAGUGCCAAUAGCAAUCAGGAUGACAUGACCAUGUUUCACGUCGUCUUCGUCAUGAACCCUCCCGCUUUGGAAUACCACAUCCGUCUGCAAGAAAUGUACGACAAUGUCGUCAAGAAGUUUGCAAAAGCCCUACGCUACGAACAAGCACGUUCCAAUGCUGUUUACCAGGAUGCCAAGAAAAUGCAAUCUCUCAAGGCGCAAGCAAAGGAAAACAAAACGCCAAUGUCAGUGCUAUGGCCGAACUUGAUAUCCAGCUGUUCGUUGGCAAAGGCCGUUGCGAUUCUGUAUACCAGUAUUGCGAGCAACAAGAUUGCGCAUAUCAGUAUUGGUGAGGGAUUUGAGGCGAGCAUUCAGAUUCCACAAGCUAUAUCAACGCCCUAUGUGCCUACGCCCACUGAGCCUCAGUUACCUGGCUUGUGGCUCACCACUGCCAACAGUCUUUCUGAUGACGGUCAGAGUCUAAGUCCACACGCAGCUCUUCUCCUGCUUGAAGACAAAGACAUCAUGCUCAAAGACAUCGAGGGCGAUGGCAAAGAAUUGGGUUCCNCCCUUGCCUUUUUCAUCCGCGAACUCACACCUACGAAAUCGUUGACCAAGCUCUCUGCUGCGUUGUCAUUACCACUGUCGGACGUACAGUUCCUCGCCCGCCACCUCAUCUACUGGCGUCGGGCUAGAGCAAUCCCUCCUCUGCAUAUUCGCGAUACCUACAUCGUGUCCCCCAACUGCGAUAUGCGUCAACUCACCAAAGCCAUGCCGCUAUACGCCCAAAGAUUCUCUGCCCUCCCUUCCUUGCCCAAAAUGCUGCAGAAUCUGAGUGGCAAGCCCAUACAAUAUGGCUUUUUGAUCCCGAGCAAGGACCACAAACCUGCUUAUAUGGAUAUCUUGGCUUGGCUGUUGCGAGGGGGCUGGGUAACGCAGCUGAGGACUUUUGCUUGGGUCAAGGUGUCGCCUGCGGUCAAAGCCGCCGUGGCUGUGAAACUGAGACAAGAGCAUGAAGACAAGAUGCUCAAGCGCCCGCCUUCUGCACUUGCCAACAGGAUCUCUGCAACCACGGCGAAUUCGAGGGUCAGCAGCACGAGCGCGGACACCAGACGAAUCUCCGAAGACCCGUUCGACGCCGUCUCCGAGGCCGCGAGUAGCAGAUUGAGUAUCGCGAGUUCUGCGCAAUUGCUGUCUCCCACGAUCAGCAGGUCAGCCAGUGAUGCGGGAAGUAAUGGCAGCGGCAGGACUGCAAUCCCACCUCCCCCAGCUGGUCCCCAGCGCGCAGACACAUCUCCCAAUCUGCAUGCAAGCAGAGACUUGGCACCAUCGNACCCCUCCAUACUUUCCGACCGCAGUGUUUCUGGCCACGAAGACGAUGCCUCGACGAUUGCUUCUGCGGCACUGCCAUCCACGGACGCGAGCACCUAUCAGCAAACUUUGGUGUUGAGUCCGCAUAAAGCGAGUACGGAGGAGAGCAGGUGGUUGGUGUAUAUUGGCAAGCAGCUCAAGGAUGAGGAAGUCAGAGAGUAUUGGGGUGUGUUGGUCAAGCAUUUUGAUGGCAAGAGGGCGAUGGAAGAGGUUGCGGCUAGAGAGGGCUUGAAGAGAAGUAAAGUGCAGGGGUUGCUGCAGAAGUUGGAGACCGAGGGGGUGUUGUAUGUGGUUAGGCAUUGGUAG